ACGCUGUGGAUGCGUUCCGGGUGAACGUGAUCCACGCCCGGCAGCAGGUUCGCUCUCCGGUGACCAACAUCGCCCGCACCAGCUUCUUCCACGUGAAGCGUUCCAACAUCUGGCUCGCCGCCGUCACCAAGCAGAACGUCAACGCCGCCAUGGUGUUCGAGUUCCUCUACAAGAUGUGUGACGUCAUGACCGCCUACUUCGGGAAGAUCAGCGAGGAGAACGUCAAGAACAACUUCGUCCUCAUCUACGAGCUGCUGGACGAGAUUCUGGACUUCGGUUAUCCUCAGAACUCAGAAACUGGAGCUCUGAAAACCUUCAUCACCCAGCAAGGCAUCAAGAGUCAGCAUCAUUCCAAAGAGGAGCAGUCUCAGAUCACCAGCCAGGUGACGGGGCAGAUCGGGUGGAGGAGAGAAGGAAUCAAAUACAGACGUAACGAACUCUUCCUGGACGUGUUGGAGAGCGUCAACCUGCUCAUGUCCCCACAGGGUCAGGUGCUGAGUGCUCAUGUCUCAGGUCGGGUGGUGAUGAAGAGUUAUCUCAGCGGGAUGCCGGAGUGCAAGUUUGGGAUGAACGACAAGAUCGUCAUCGACAAGCAGGGGAAGGGGGGGGGCUCCGAGGACGCCGGCAAGAGUGGGAAGCAGUCUAUAGCCAUCGAUGACUGCACCUUCCAUCAGUGUGUCCGUCUCAGCAAGUUCGACUCUGAGCGCAGCAUCAGCUUCAUCCCACCUGACGGAGACUACGAGCUCAUGAGGUAUCGGACCACCAAAGACAUCAUCCUCCCCUUCAGAGUGAUCCCUCUGGUCAGAGAAGUGGGUCGCACCAAACUGGAAGUUAAAGUCGUCAUCAAGUCCAACUUCAAGUCGUCUCUGUUGGCUCAAAAGAUCGAGGUGCGUGUCCCCACCCCUCUGAACACCAGCGGGGUGCAGCUCAUCUGUAUGAAGGGUAAAGCCAAAUAUAAAGCCAGCGAGAACGCCAUCGUGUGGAAGAUAAAGAGGAUGGCUGGGAUGAAGGAGUCUCAGAUCAGUGCAGAGAUCGAGCUGCUGCCGACCAACGAUAAGAAGAAGUGGGCUCGUCCUCCAAUCAGCAUGAACUUCGAGGUACCCUUCGCUCCUUCGGGGUUGAAGGUUCGCUAUCUGAAGGUUUUCGAGCCGAAGUUGAACUACAGCGAUCAUGAUGUCAUCAAAUGGGUUCGUUACAUCGGGCGCAGCGGCAUCUACGAGACCCGCUGCUGACCUCCUUCCUCAUCUUCAUCGUCUUCAUCAACGUGUUACGUUCAGAGAGCAGCUGUGUGUCUGUGGAUCACCCAUCAUGCACCUGGACGCGGUCUCUCGUUAAGAAGUAGACGGCCCGAUGACAUCACGGUGACGUCAUCGGGCGCUGUUUAAAUGUCGUGUUUGAAGCUCUGUGAUUACCCAGCAUGCCUCAGUCACCCCACAGAUGUUGUUUUUUGUUUUUUUACUUUUUAUUUUUUUUACUUUUUGUAUCCAAACCCGUCAGCUGAUCGACGAUCAAUACCAAUCAAUAGAGUCCAAUAAGUGAUUUGUGUUCAAUGGAAAGAAAUCCUGAAUGAACUCAGUAACAUUAGUGUGUAUAAGUGUGUGACUGUGUGUGUGUAAGUGACUGUGUGUGUGUGUGUGUGUGUGUGUGUGUGUGUGUUAGUAGCAAAUCAAUAUUUCAUGUUUUCUCUGUUUUCAUGUCUGACGUCAUUUUGCCAAAUUUUCUGUUAACUCAAUAAAAUCGUUCAGACUGA